ACAUCAAAGGUAUCUGUGAACCGGAACUGGAAGAAAGAGAGUGUUAUCCUAAGGCCAUGCACUGCAUUUUUGUUGGGGCUCAGAGCCUGUUUCUGAAGAGCUUGAUUCAGGACACUUGUGCGGACCUCUGCAUCCUAGACAUCGGCCUUCUGGGCAUCAGAGGAAGCGCAGAGGCUGUGGUCAUGGCUAGAAGCCAAAUCCAGCAGUUUGUGAAGCUCUUUGAGAGCUAUGAGAACCUGCCAAGCAGUCAGAAAGAUUCCGAGGUGAAAAGGGAAUUCAAACAGUUUGUUGAAGCUCGAGCAGACAAUUACACAAUGGAUUUGUUGAUUUUGCCCACUUCCUUGAAAAAAGAACUCUUGACUCUCACCCAAGGUGAGAAGAAUCCCUUUGAAACUGGAGGUGAAGAGGUUAUUGAAGUUGGAGAUGCUCUGCAAACAGAGUUUGCACAGAAUGCUGCUGCAGGACCAAGUAUUUCUAGAGAUGAAACUGUUUUGCAGGAGGAUGCGAGAAAUAAAGCUGGGACUCCUGUUUCUGAGCUUACAAAACAAAUGGACGCUGUCUUUUCUAGUUCACCAGAUGUGCUUUUUGUGCCACCAGUAAAUGGUCUAAAUCCUGAUGAGGCCCUUUCCAAAGAGAGAGUUUGUUACAAAAGGAGAUCUUCUGAUUCGGAGGAAAGGCAUACUAAGAAGCAGUUUUCUUUAGAAAAUGUUCAAGAGGAAGAGCUUUUACACGAUGGUAAGACAUCAGCUGGAAAUGUAAUCAUUGACCCCUCUGACUCUUCUGCUGAUGCUGAAAACUUAAAUCUCGAUGUGAAAGACACUACUGAGGAGAUGGAGUACAACAUCCUUGUAAACUUUUUUAAAACUAUGGGCUAUUCCCAAGAAAUUGUCGAAAAAGUCAUUAGGGAGUAUGGACCUUCUACUGAACCAUUAUUGCUCUUGGAAGAAAUUGAAAAAGAAAAUAAAAGGUUCCAAGAAGACAAAGAAUUUUCACCCGGUACUAUGUAUCCAGACACCAGUAAAACCAAAAGUAAAAGUAUUUGUGGCAGCAUAAAUGAACUUACAACAGAUUCUAUUCCAAAGAAAACACAGGUCUACACACAGCAAAAUACAAUAGGGAAGUUUUCUCAGUUACCAUUCAAAGUAGAAGCUAAACCAUGUACCUUAAAUUGCAAAAUUAGUAAUUUCAGAACAGUGCCAUCAGAACAGAAACAUGAAAUCCGGGAUUCAAACCAGAGCUAUGUUUGUAAUGCCAACCUUGAAACUGAUGGCCUUUCACCCUCUGUUGCCCCACCAAGUCCCAAAGAUAUCAAUUUUGUUUCAAGGGGAGCUUCAAGUCACCAGCCUAGAAUCCCAGUUUUUCAUGAAAAUGGUUUACAGCAGCAAGCAGAAACCUUGCUUCCAAAUAAUAUGAAAGCUGUGUGUGAAAAACCUUUGGGAUGUUGUGGCCCUCCUCAGCCCAAGCCAAACUGUCUGCCCCUUUCACCAACGAUGCCGCUGCCUGCCUUGCCCCCAUCAGUUACAGAGGCAAGGUCAGCAGGACCUUCCGAUCAUAUUGAUUCCUCAGUUACAGGGGUGCAAAGGUUUCGAGAUACUCUAAAAGUACCCUACAAGCUGGAAUUAAAAAAUGAGCCAGGAAGAAUGGAUUUGAAGCACAUUGUUAUAGACGGGAGCAAUGUUGCCAUUACCCAUGGCCUGAAAAAGUUCUUUUCUUGUCGUGGAAUUGCAAUUGCAGUUGAGUAUUUUUGGAAGCUUGGCAACAGAAACAUCACUGUAUUUGUCCCUCAGUGGAGAACAAGACGUGACCCCAAUGUCACAGAACAGCACUUCCUAACCCAGCUCCAGGAACUUGGAAUACUAUCUCUAACUCCUGCCCGGAUGGUCUUUGGAGAAAGAAUUGCCUCUCAUGAUGACAGGUUUCUGCUACAUUUAGCGGACAAAACUGGUGGCAUAAUUGUAACAAAUGAUAACUUCAGAGAAUUUGUGACUGAGUCAGUUUCUUGGCGAGAAAUUAUUACAAAAAGAUUGCUUCAGUACACGUUUGUGGGGGACAUAUUUAUGGUUCCUGAUGACCCUCUGGGAAGAAGUGGACCUCGAUUAGAAGAAUUUCUUCAGAAGGAGGUCUCUCUCAGAGAUAUGCAGCCCCUGCUCGGUGCCCUGCCAAAUGUGGGCAUGUUUGACUCUGGCUUCAGGGUCCCUGGCGCCCAGCCGGCCAGCACCAGCCAUCAGCCUCCAGCCCGGACCCAAGGAGCGCCCCCGGGCCAUUGGAUCCCUCAGCAGCCCCACUUCUCGCUCCUGCCCCUGCCUGCACAGAGGUCUCCCUCCGAAACCAGUGAGCUCAGGGAGGCCCUGUUGAAGAUCUUCCCUGACUCCGAGCAGAGGCUGAAAAUUGACCAGAUCCUGGUGGCCCAUCCAUACAUGAAAGACCUGAAUGCGCUCUCUGCCAUGGUGUUGGAUUGAGGCUGCUGAGCUCAAGCCAAUUUAUCACAGAGCUGAGGGCUGUAUACAUGGGAAGUUCCUGAUAGGAAGAAAUUUCCCUGUGUAGACAUCCUUUUAUAGAGGAAAGAAAGGUGUGUAUAAAACAAACAAAAACACCUGGAUUUUGAAAACCAGCUUUUUUCUAUAUAUAAAUUAUGCUGCUAUUACAGAUUUAACAUUUUCUGUAAGAGAAUAGUAUACACUUUCUGCCUGUUCAAAACUGUUUAAUAGCAGUUACUCUUUAGUGUAUUUACAUUUUUAUGUUUUUUAAAACUAUUUUCCUUAAAGUGGAUAUUGACAAAUGGAUAAGGUUAGCCUUUCUAAAUAAAAGAGUUGCUUUCUUAAGGAAAGCAGUAGCUCUUUAAAGUAUAUUUUCUUGAGGUGAAUAUGUCCUGUCCACUGACAUGAAGUGUGCUCCCCUGCCCACCUCCCCUGGAUUGGGGUUGGUUUGCUCCUGUGGGAUCUUUUGUUGGAGCCAUUUAUGAGAGUGGACAAGUGGUGCCACUAGGUGGCACUUUGUGCCUAGCCAUUGUUAAUGACCAGGGCCAAGUUAGACUAUCAGGGCUAAAAGUCUCCCGGCUCAUGUAGUCCCUCUCCUUCCCCUUCCAUCCCACAAGAGAGGAGCUGAGGCCCGGUGUGCCUGGGGCUGCAGCGUGGGCAGCCAGGUAGGGCCGAACUCCUUGCCCUGUGCUCCUCACCGGUUGGGGCCUCCACACACCUGACUAAAAGUCCCGUCUUUGCCUCAGAAGACUGGAGUAUGGUGUGAAGAGUUUAGUAUAAAUCCCCGUCCGUGGGGAAAUGCCUCAAGGUAGAGUUUGUACAGCUUUGCCAAAAAACUUUUCUAUUCUCAAGACGACCCAAGCCAAUAAAUAGCAUUAGCAGCUUCCAUGGGGGCCCCAGUGCCCUCUAUUUAUUUUCUGGUGUUUCGUCCCAUCAGUGUUGUAAGCAAUUCUUCUCGAGUCUUUCGCACAACUGAUUCUAUUAGUGGUGUCUGUUUUCAGUGUUGCUUCAGUUGUGUCAGUGAGGUUCUUUCCUGGUGAUUCCUGACGUGUACUCGCACCUGGGCCUUCAAAGGGCUUUGUACUCUAUACCUGUGGUCUCCCAAGGCUGCUCACAGUGGUCUCGUGCCUGCCCUGUGGAUCCUGUCUCUCCUGGCCCCAAGGAGUAGCGGAUAAAGAUUUGGUGCUGGUUGUCCUUUGUGGUGUAGGGCCUAGGUGGCAUUCCAGAGUGCUCCCAGGGCAUGUCCUGUUGGUUCUGUUUGACCCCCGCAUCCCCAAGAAGAUGAAUCAGAGCCCUGUGUGUGGCCAGACUUGUGUUUCACUCAUGUACAUCCAGGUGCCUGGGUGUGCAUCCUAAAGCGGAAGUAGUUAUCCGCUGUUGUUUCUAGCCAGGCUGCCAGGGUGGCUGGCUAUAGAAGUCAGGACAGAGAUUGGAGGCCAGGGGUGACUUGAGUCACAGCCUCUGUCUUAGGAUAUAUCUGACCUCCUGGCUUAGGGCUCAGCCCAGGAGACAGACCCACCAGGUUGUCCAGGUUGGACCUCCUCCAGUGCCUGCUGGAGCCAUGAGGAAGAGGGCUCACAGGUCUUCUAGGCUCAGAAGCAGUUUGAACUUGACCUAAGUUCUUUUAACUUUGUGUUCUUAGUAUUGUUCUGAGUUCUGAGAUCUGUCUGUUGCCUCCCCCUUCUUGGACAUGGGAGAGAAGAAGGGUAAGUAGGAAGAGCACAGAGAAACAUUAAUUACUUUAUAAAUUACAUGUGAAGCAUAAUUCACAGUUCUUUCUGGAAAUCAUAUUUACUUUAAUAUUUAGAAACCCAGUUGUCAAACCAUUGAAGACAACUCAACCUAUUCUCAGCCAUGCUGCUACUGGUGGGCAUUGGAGAUAGUCCCACGUCCAUCCCGCAUUCCCCUGGCUGUGUAGCCCCUGCCUCCUGCCGCCUCCGUGCAGUGUGACUGCCUUCUGUGUGUCAUGGUGUUUGUGUGAGGGGCUUUGUGGGUGGAUGGCAUCCUUGUCCCAAGGCCCCAGGCUGCCAUCUCUGGGAGUGAAAAGGACCUGUUUGGUCUGUCAGGGAGUCCCUGUUAGAGACCCAGUAGACUGGCAGCCAGGAGAGCAGAGCAGCGGGCAUCACAAACCUCCGGCGAUGGUUAGCAUGGUCAGGCAGCCUCACUGUGUCUCCAGGGAUGGAGUCAGAUACAUGGGCUUGGCUGUGUACACGGAGACCCAGACUCUGCACGCUGCCCUCAGCCCUUCCUUCCACACAGGCUUCUUGGAGACCCCAGCUGCCUGUCUCCACCUCUCAUCAGUGCUUCCGGUCCCUCUUCCAGGAUGCCUGAAUCCCUCUCCUUACAUCUCCUACUUGUAAUUUAUUUAUUUAUCAGUAACCGUUCACCUCCAUUUCUGCAUGAUCUACCUCUCCAUUACCCCAUACUUAUUUCUGUUUUUUUUUAAUUUUUGUUUUUUAACAGUACUGGGGGUUGAACCUAGGGCCUAACA